CACCAAAGUAGUUUGUCAGUUCAUGAAUUAAUUAAUAACAUUCAAUAUGGAUCUCACCAACAACCAAUAAUGGAUAGCCACGUGUUAUACAGCGAUGACACAGAACAUAAAUAACCCUAUCCUCACCGCUCUUGACCACCGUCCACCACCAUAAUCAACGCUCACGUGACCAACGUAACUUAAGUCUUAAUUUACUUUUCUUCUUCUAACUGACGCUUUUACCCCUAACACUUCCCGCAAUUCACACAUCACUCCUCCUUCACGUUUCCCUCGCCAUUCGCGUGUUACUCCAAACGACACCGUUCCGUCGCACUCUCUGUAGAUCGGAGAAUGUCGACGGAGAAAGUUUUUAACGGUAGAGAUGAAUUCACCGAUUCUUCAAACACAUUCCACUCUAUUCUAGCAUUAUCGUUAUGGCUUGGAGCGAUUCACUUCAUCAUCGGAUUGGUCCUCUUCGCUACAUUCUUCCUUCCUCUCUCCAAAUCUCUCUCGGUUUUAGGUUUUCUGUUAUUGCUUAUGGUGCUUCCCGUGGAAGCUAAGAGCAAAUUUGGUAGAAGAUUAUCUAGGUACAUAUGCAAGCAUGCUUGUAGUUACUUUCCCAUCACGCUUCAUGUAGAGGACAUAAAAGCCUUUGAUCCUAAUCGUGCUUAUGUUUUUGGUUAUGAACCACAUUCAGUUUUGCCAAUUGGCGUUAUUGCACUAGCUGACAACACAGGUUUCAUGCCUAUUCCCAAAGUUAAAGUUCUUGCCAGCAGUGCGGUGUUCUACACACCAUUUUUAAGACACAUAUGGACAUGGUUGGGUCUUACACCAGCAACAAGGAAAAAUUUUAUCUCCCUGUUAGCUGAUGGCUAUAGUUGCAUUUUAAUACCUGGUGGAGUUCAAGAGACAUUUUUCAUGCAGCGUGGUCUUGAGAUUGCUUACCUUAAGGCAAGAAGAGGUUUUGUCCGCAUAGCAAUGGAGAAGGGCCGACCCUUGGUUCCAGUUUUCUGCUUUGGUCAGUCAGAUAUCUAUAAGUGGUGGAAACCAAGUGGAAAGUUAUUUCUGAACAUUGCGAGGGCUAUCAAGUUCACCCCAAUAUAUUUUUGGGGUAUUUUCGGAUCCCCAUUACCGUUGAGACAUCCAAUGCAUGUGGUGGUGGGUAGACCAAUUGAGCUUGAGAAAAAUCCAGAACCAACGAUGGAGGAGGUUUCCAAGAUACAUAGUCAGUUUGUGGAAGCACUUCAAGAUCUCUUCGAAAGGCACAAAGCUCGGGCUGGCUAUCCAAACCUUGAGUUAAAAAUUGUUUGAUAAGGCCUUAAUAUCGUCUCAUGUCUAUCAUUGGUUUAUUUAUGUAUUUUCUGUUAUCUUUUUUAGGGAUGGGGGUUGGAUGUAAUUGGGGCCAUGUAUUGCAUGUAAUAAAAGGCCAUCACCCGUAGUGUAACUGAAUAGAAGCAAUAAUGCCGAAUGAGGGGGUGGCCAUCUUUAGUUAAGCGUAUCUAUUUUUUCAAUAUAGUAAAUUAAAUAUUUGAAAAUAAUUUAGGUUUGGUUGAAUUCUUAAUGUUUUCCAUGGUGGAAAUUUUUUAGUAUGAAAUUGCCCUUCAAUUAUAAUAACUUGUAUAUUUUGUA